UGGGACUCGCCUCUGGCCAAGGCCGAGCUCAUUGAGGACGAUGGGUGUGGCUCUGCGAUAGCGUAUUUAAGGAGGAGCCAAGGGGAGCAGACACUGCUGGGACAAGGGGAUGGCGGGAAGAACACCCACCCGGCCACCAGCAAGCCGGUGGCCCGCGCCACGCGGGGGACCUCUAAAUGCCCCCAGGGUGGGAAGAUCUUCCGCGGGAGGAACAGCAUGAGACGUCACCAAAGAAAUCCCCCGGGAGAACGACCCCACACGUGCCCAGACGGCGGGAAGACCUGCAAGGACUUCUCCAGCCUCAUCUCCCAGCGCAGGGCCCAGAAGGGAGAGAGACCGUACAAGUGCCUGGAGUGUGGGGAGAGCUUCCCCCUUCCUGAGCAGCUCCCACCUCGCCACGCACGACUGUCUCCCCGCACAGGAGAGCUCCCACCCGUGCCUGUUCUGCGGGCAGUCCCUCAGCGUGGGCACCGGGUGUCUUGUCCAUCAGAGGCCCCCUUGGAGGAGGUGCCCGUGGGCCAGGGAGCUUCUCUGGGGGUGCUGGGCCACCAAAUCAGGGGCCUGCGGCCUCCCUGGGUCGGGACUUCCAGCCCUCUGGUCUCCUCCCAUGAGCCGGGCGAUGCUGGAGGGGAACUUCAGAGAUGUCUGGGGGUGCUGAUGCCCCAGCAAGGUGUGUUUGGGGGGUGAGGGGCUGCGUGAGCCUCUCUCUGAUCUAAACCUGAGUGCCUGCCCAUGGGAG